AGUUUUACCGUAUUUAUCUUAGCCACGUGGCGCACAGAUUGUCAACAUUUAAAACGUCAACAACUGGCUCUAGCUCUAGCCAGCUCUACUGCACUGAGAACACUUUAAUACAGCUACUGCUACGUCUAGGAAGUCUCCAUAGAUACACCAUGGAACCAGAUGAUAAUAUGGAGUCUGAUCUUUCACCCAGACACGUGGCUCAUGUCUCGUCAUCCCUCCCCUUCACUGAGCCAUCCCAGUCCCUGAGCCCCCCUCCUGGACCCAGCGGCAUCAUCUCUCUCCUAUCACCACCGCAACCAGACAUCACUCCUAAUCAGCCACAGAUCUCAACCAGCAACCAAUACCAGCUGGCAGCCACCAUUAAUCGUCUGCACCUGGCAGCAUCAAAUCAACACCAGACGGCAACCACCACUUUGUCAAGCUCAGCUCAAAACCACAGUGCUGCCCAAACUGGAAAUAGUAUUUCAGCUCAAACACAGGCCAGUGCAAGAACCAUUCAAUCUGCUGUUACUAAUAGAGAUGGUGGCAGAGGACAAAUCACUGGUCCUACUGCAAGCCCAGCUGCUGCUGUUAGACGAGGUGCCACACCCACAACUGUAGGGAGUAGCGGAGCUACUGGAGGUGGAAGUACCAAUUCGAAUAUUUUUCAAAUUCCACUCUCACAAGAUAUUUUGGCCGGAUCAAAUGACUUAUCACUGGGACUUGGGGAAAGCCAGUCAGUAGAUGCUUCUAUCCAAUCGCUCCCCCCUGGGCCCCCACUAGGGUACGACUUUACCCCGCCUGACAUGCGAGCACUAAUCCGUGCUGAUGAACAGCGACAAAUGGCGGAGGACGUGAGGCGGAGUCAGCUGGAGAAGGAAGGGCGGGAAGUACUGGCCAGGGUCUUAGCAGAGGAGGGGAGGAGCUCUGACCUUCAGUUUGGUGGGAGGAGCUAUCCUCUACGAGGCAAUGAGGAAACGGUGACUCCUGCAUCACAAUCUGACAGCGGCAGUCAAGACCAGCCAGCCCUUCCCCCCUACAGUAAUGAGCUAACUCAAAGGGCCAACCGUCGCAUCAAGCGCCUCAGGGACAGGCUCAAGGGAACACCUGUGGUGCCAGGCACAGAGAGCAGUCGGAGUUCUGAUGAGGGAAAGGCUGCCUCCCUGAGAGCUGCCAAACUCAAAAUGGAGCACAGAAUUACUAGUGGAGUCCCUGAGAGCACCCUUUCCACUCACUCCAGAGCCUCUAAAGCACUAGACAACCAGAUAGUGGUGGUGACAGGUGCCAGCGAGUCUGGUCUCUCCUCCAGUGAGAGUGGGCGGCGUGUCCCCAAGAAAAAGAGUGUCCAGACCCAGCACAAAACUAUGCCCUCAACGGUUGAGGUCACUAGAGCUCCCACCACGCCUAGUCCAGAGGAGGAUGAGACGAGAAGGGAUGAGACUCUCUCUGAUGACUCCACUACUGAUGAAGAGACACAAGACAUCGAACCACCACCAGUCAUUACUGCCGGUAUAAAAUUAGCCCCUCCCUCUUGGGGGGCGGAGACUGAUGCCAGCACUGAGUACCCAGGAACCCAAACCACGAGCAGUGGCUCUGAUAAAGCCACACCCAGUUCUGGCAGCUCCUGUAGUGUGGACGGAAGUCAGGCUACUGUACCCCAAACCCUGCCCCUCGUUAGCUCCACCCCCUAUGAAGACGAUGUCACUACUGCCCUCCCUGGACUCCUCGGACUGUACAAGAUAUGUAAGAAGCAGCUAUCGAAUGAAACCUCCUCCUCAACUACGACCACCCGCAGCUCCAGCAGUGGGGGAGAUAUUGAGAAGAUCAGAGCUAAUAGGCGCACACAGAUUCACUCUCAGCGGACCCAAGAAGAAAGUCUGGGGAGUUUUGAGGUUCCACUAGCUUUGCAAACAUUGAGCGCAGAAAUGCAUGACCCAGCUCCCCCACAGAGCGACGAGGUGGGGGCUCCCUCCUCUCUGCAGAGUGAGAUUGAAACACAGCCACUGGACGACAGCUCUCAAAAUAUUUUCCACAAUCUGGGUAUUGUGCGGGACUCACAAGAGGAGCUAGCAAAUGAGAAACCGGCUUGGUAUGCUAAGAUGAUGGACGAAACACAGGUUAUGGACCCAGCUGAUGAUGGGAAGAAGACCGGAGACAAGAUACAGAGGUUGGAGCAAGCUCAACCCUCAGCUAAAAGCAAGAUCACCUCAUCACCCCAAAGCAAAUCUCAGUCCCAGCCUUUCUUUAAAAACCCUAAUAGCAGCACAUCUUGUUCCCCGGCUAGUAAGGAUAGCAGCUUUACCGGUAGUCAAGGACCGAGCACUUCAAGCUCCUCGUCAAACAGUUCUAAAUCAAGCUUGCCUACCUCAUCAAGUACAUGUAGCUCAAAUGAUCCAGGCUCUGUCAUCAGCUCAAAUACUAGCAGUGAUUCUAGUAACUCCACUCACCAGCAGUCCAUCUCAGUACGCUCUAAUGAUGAACAAGAAGCAAUGGAUACAAACCCGUCUUCUCAAAAUCCAGUAACAAAAUCAGGGAAGGAAGAUGACCAAGUGAAAGAGAAUCAUUCUGAAGAUGAUGACAACACUGUAACGCUUGAAAUGGAGUCACCAAUAAUGAUAGAUCUCACUUGUCAGUCUCAAUCGUUGGGUGAAGGGGAAAAUCAAGAAUGUGAUAAAUCGACGUCGUUGAUAGAAACCCUGUGUUCUCCUGACAUACUUCAUGUGUCGGUCGAAAAGGGUACAGAGGAGAUGGAAGAUCUACUUAGAGAUGAUGAAGCAAUGGAUACUGACACAGCCAGUCAGGACUCAUUUUGUCUACAUUAUAGCCCUUCUCAGAGUCAUCCCAUUCGAGAGACUUCUCCGGCCGCUAGUAAAGAAACCACACCCCUAAACUCUAUGGAGUCAGAGGAGUUUAGUUUGCAAAAUACAAUGAACCCGGCUUCUUCAUGCAAAAGAAAUUUACUGAACAUUGAAGUAGAUAACUCUCAAACGUUAAAAGCUGACGAUUCGAAGUCAUUACAAAACUUGUCCCCCACUGCUAUUGUUUCAAGGACUCAAAGUCCUUUGUAUGAAAGUCUUUUGUUGGACAAUUCUUCAGAAUCCAUUCAAGGUUCCAUUAAGAGCCGAUCAGUCACAGCUCUGAUGCCUACGGAAGUGACACAUGGCGUACAACAACACGAGUCACCUGCUCACACACCUACAAGUGCACCCUUUAGGCUGAACCUUCCCUCAGGGUCUCUGAUCGAACCUCUCACAACGAUAACACCGCCCUCACAACCUGCCCACACAAUCCAGCAAUCAGCACCACCAGCUGUCGCCGGUACCACUAGUAAUGCGGAUAGGUUGCCCACUGGAGACAAAUCUACAGUUCUACAAAUCCCAGCUUCACCUCUCUCUGUGCUCAGCUCAACAGAUACCGACUCUGUUUUGUCAAAUCGAAAUACUCGGCAAAGUGAUACUGAUUCAUUUGGUCUGCACUUGGACACGGCUACAUCCGGAUCAUCACAAAUUUCAGAGGAUGAAAUCAAUCACUCAAUUCCUGACCCAUUGCAAACGGUUGUGGAUCAGCCACUCUCAACUAGUGAUACGACUGAACGUCAAAGUGUUGCUAGGAAUGAAGAAGAAGUUAAAAUCUCAGCUGAAUCAACAAACUUAGAUGGUUCAGAAGAUAGUCAAGCUGCCGAAGAGUCAGUAACCGUAUCCACGUGUCUAAAGAACAGUUCCGAUGUACAAAGUAUUACCCGUGAGGCUACAGGCUCUCCCAGAACACCUAGGAAGUCACUGUCAUUGAAGAACAGAAGAACCCCCAAACGUCCCGGAAAAGAAAGCCAGAAACCUGAAAAUACUACUGUUCCUGGAUUUGUGUUAGGUGUGCUAUCUGAAAAUUCCGAACAAUCUGAAGUGGACUCACAGAUCCCUAAAGUUAUUGUGCUAGGAGACAGCCAGCUUGAAUGUUCCGACUCGUUUAAUUUGCCUUUCUCUAUUGCCCUUCCUAAAGAAGCAUCUUCCACUGCCUCUGUAGACACUGCCAAAGCACUUGCUUCAGAAAAUCAAAAUCAUGGAGCACUUUUCUCUGGUUUUAGAUCUGAUGCAACAUCUAGAGUAACAGGAAGACAGGUGUCCGACAGUUGUGUCAUUUCGGAGAGUUUGUUUAAUCAGAGCAAAGAACCGCAUGAACCACAAAGUCAAUAUAGUGAAGUCCAAUUUGUACGGCCAAGAAAGCAGAGAAACAUGCCGGGGUCUGUGUUUGACUCGGUAGAGGUUGGUGGCAGUCAAGCUACGGAAGGAACUAAUUUAGAACAAAUACCCCAUACCUCCACUGUUAGAUCUUUAGACCAAAGCAAUGAGAUUGAACCAAUGUGUGUGGAUCCUCCUUCUUUUGGCUCACCAUCAAUCAUUCAGGAGUCAAUUCAAUUGGUAGACAAUUCUAUAGGCAAUCACCCUGACAAUAAUAGCACUAAUUCGUCUUCUCAAGAAGCUACACUCAGUGAAGCUAAUCGCAACUCACAAGUCAACAAUCCCUCUAGCCAAAAUCUCAUCACUCCAACAAACUCACAAAUCCUCCAUCCUCCGACUAUUAUCACUAGCCUACAGCACCCCUCAUCUAGUCGGGGCUUGUCCAACUCACAAUCUUGUGCUGCAUCCUUCCAGUCCCCUGUGCCUUCUACGCCACUAGAGUUCACGUCCCCCUACUCAAUGAUUUCACCCUCGGGUAUGGAGGAGCUUAAGAAGCAGGUCAGAAGAGAGGGGGUGAAUCGCUAUGAGUUGAGACAUGUGAGAACAAUUCGGACCGUCACAGACCAUCGGAUAGUCAGCUCUGAGGUCAUCAAGAAUAACCGAGUGAUGAAUGGAAGCUCUCGAGUUUGGUCGGAAACCUGUGAGCCUGAAGUGUUCCAGGAAGUGAAAGUGGAAAUGGCCCCAAGACAUCCCUUAAUUAAUUCUUCAUUCAGCUUCUCUACGUCACCCCAGUUAGUAUCCACCACCAUGAUACCGAAUGUAGGAUCUUCUAUGAAUAUUAUUACCAGCCAAUCAAGUCUGGUUGAUUCUCCCAUUUCAUCCCAACUUUGCGGACAAGAAAACCAUAGAAACAGUCGAGAGACAACACCUACUGUAUCACAUCGUAACAGUCGCCCACCGAUUAGGAGAGUGUAUCCAAUCCCCAGCAGCGAAGACAGAGACACUAAUAGUUCUGCUUCGUCACAUGAAAGUAUUGACCAUGAUCAUAGCACAAGUAGAACUGUUAACAGAGAAGCUAACACUCGUCCAUCGGUCAAAACUACUCAAGAGCCUAGUACAAUUAGGAAACGAGCGAGUAGGUUACCUGGAGCAACACCUAAUGCCACUUAUUCUUUGUGUGAAAGUGUUAGAAGUGCAAGCAAACAAGCUGGAAGUAGCACCACACAUAGCGCACAAACCUCGAGAAAAGUUCCCAAGCCAACAACAAGUGCUACAAAAGACGGUUGUGACGCUAAACCAGCUGCAUUAGAGGUGGGUACAAAGGUCAUUGCAAAAUGGAAGGACAAGUGCUGGUACAUGGCUACAAUCAUCACUGAUAAAAACAAGCAAGGAAGGAUGCGUGUCAAGUACGCUGAUGAAGAUACUGGUAGUGUGACUGCAAGUAAUGUUCUUCUAACGGAAUUUUUAAGCGAGGGUGUGUCAGUGUCAGCGGUACCGAUACUGUCACAAAGCCAAUCGAGUGACACAUUACAGCCUGACACUACAGUCACUGGCGUGUUUGAGGGAUUUUCAGAUGAGGCUCAAGAAACAUUCAUUCUUCGGUCUGGUAAUGAAUUGAAGACCUUCUCUUCAGCUUGUCUCUGUGUUCAAUCAGAUGCCAUCAAGAGCUGCACUCUGGACUCCAAGAUACCACACAAGACCAUGGUGAACCGCAAGAGAAAGAGACGCUCCGUGAAAGAAAGUGAUGGUGUAACUCUCCCGUCAAGCACUAAGAAAAAGAGGCUGUCGUCAGGUACAACGACAACUGCCAUCUCCAGAGGUCAGGGGCACAUGUUCAGGGGGUACGUUUUCAUGCUCACUCAGAGAACUAAGGAAGACUCUCAAACAGCAUCUCCGAAAACAUCGAUCGACAAGGAAACCGCAGUAAAGCAGAUCAGGAGCAAGGCGGGUAGAAUUGCGGAUACCCUCACCAAACAAGAGGUGAUUGAUGGCAGAACAUUUGUUUUAUCUGAUAGCUUUUGUAAGACUAAAAAGUACCUGCUAGGAUUGGCAUUGGAUGUUCCCUGUAUCACCUACUCUUGGUUGAGUGACUGUAUUCAGCAGGGCAAGGUGCUGGACUAUGCUGACUACAGACUGCCGGCAGGCGUUAACAAUUUUGAUGGAACUGUCAUACCAUGGUCUCCCUGUAGUCGAUCAAUCAUGUUUAAAGAGUGCACUGUUCAUGUCGUCGGAAUUGAGACUUUCAAGAGGCAUUGGGGUUCUAUUGCUGAGGCUUGUGGGGCCAGCAUUCUGUCAAAGCUACCAACUAUGACUGCACGUUCACGUUCAAAUUCGGGCAGUGUUGUGGUAGUAGCGGAGCACCCGGACCAAAUCUCACCCUCUCUACAGCACCAAUCAAGCUUGGACACAUUGUGUAUUCUGAGUCAUACCUGGAUUGUGCAGUGUCUGAUUCAAGGACAGUUGUUGUCGUAUGAUAGAUUUAGGAUAAACAAAUGUUGAGAAACCUCGAUCUUUCAUACUUAUAGUCUAGCAUCAUCGACAUCAUUAUGUGUACAUUAUUGCAACAGUUGUGUUGAGAUAAAUGAAUAUCACUUACAUGCA